GGCGGGGGUGUGGGGAGAGACGAAUUAUGUUGAUGGAUCUGCAGAUCACGUACAGGCCAGGAAGAGUAAGAUUCGAAGAACUCCUUCCUUGGAGGACAUUUGGUAAAACAAAAAAACCCAUUCAUAACCAGCACGAGAAAAUCCGCAGAUGCUGGAAAUCCGAGCAACACGCACAAAAUGCUGGAGGAACUCAGCAGGCCAGGCAGCGUCUGUGGAAAAGAGUACAGUCGACGUUUCAGGCCAAGACCCUUCAGCAGGAUUGACCCAUUCAUAACCCAAGGGAACAGACGGCAGCUCCUCUGUGGGCUGAUAAACGAUAAAAUUUCGACUAUUACUUCAGAGGGAGCGUUUGGGUUGUAGGGUGGGAACAGAAUUAAUGGAAGGGGAAAUCAGAUCAAUAUCUAGCCAAAUGCAAAGCAAACUUAAAUCAUUUAUAAUAGGUUAAGCGUUGAGAUGAGAGCAUGGUCUGCAGCAGACGCCAAGCAUAUGACUGCAGAUGGCGCUUCGUCCAAACCGAGUUGCUUUUUUAUUGGUGGAUUGCGUUUUUGAUUCAGUUCUCCAUGAAUGACGUUGAGCGGAGCGGGUGAUGCCUUCCGGCUGCAGCAGCACAGUUUUCAUUGCAGGGAAAGGGAGCCGUUGUCGAGCUGUUGGAAGCCGGUCAGGGAGCCGUAUCUCGCCGGCACGGUGGCAGGCGAUACCAGUGUGGCCGGAGCAUCGGUAGGCCUCACUCGCAGGUCACGGGACAUUCGACAAAUCAGCAGGUCAUGUCGUUAGUGUCUGUGACGAGUACGUGACCAUCCUUGAGGCUGGCGUGAGAGAACUGACCCUCCCCCCCCCCCCCCAUCCCACCCCAUCCAGCCUAAUCCAUACACUAUUUUUAUAUCCAUCGCACCCCGCCCUUUCCUCUUGGCUCCUCCCGGGAAUCGAUGGGAAUCGGGAAAAACACAACCACCAAGGGAAGCAUGGAGACCGGUAGCGCCUCUGACAGCCAGUACGAGGAUGAGAAGCACUCGGCUGCGUUCUUCCCGGUACCGGUGGUGAUUAAUGGAGUUGUUCCAGCCAGCAGUGAGCAGGACACGGAGGUCACUGAGCUGAUGGCGGUGUAUGGGAAAGAUAACAACAUGGCAGAGAAGCAUUCCUUGACCGAUGUCUCUAACAGCAGCGCUGCUUUGGACGCCCAGAGGAUGGACAUGAUAUACACCAUUGAAGAUGUUCCACCCUGGUACCUCUGCGUAUUCCUGGGUCUGCAGCACUACCUGACCUGCUUCAGUGGCACCAUCGCCGUACCCUUCCUGCUGGUGGACGCUAUGUGUGUUGGCUUUGACCAGUGGGCUACCAGCCAACUGAUUGGGACCAUCUUCUUCUGUGUGGGUUUGACCACCCUGCUGCAAAGCACGCUGGGAUGCAGACUUCCCUUGUUCCAGGCCAGUGCCUUUGCUUUCCUAGCUCCUGCCCGAGCAAUCCUGUCCUUGGAUAAAUGGAAGUGCAACAACACAGGUAUAACCUUCACAAAUAGUUCUGAAAUGGUGGACACAUCGCAUAUUUGGCAUCCAAGGAUACGAGAGAUCCAGGGAGCCAUCAUUAUGUCUUCCCUCAUCGAGGUGCUGAUUGGUUUCCUAGGGCUGCCGGGCGUGCUUCUGAGCUACAUUGGUCCACUCACCAUAACCCCAACAGUGGCUCUGAUUGGCCUGUCAGGUUACCAGGCAGCAGGAGAGCGAGCAGGGAAGCACUGGGGUAUUGCAAUGCUGACAAUAUUCUUGGUGCUGUUUUUCUCACAAUACGCGCGGAACGUCAAGCUGCCUCUUCCGAUUUAUAAGUACAAGAAGGGAUGGACAGCAUACAAGCUACAGCUAUUCAAAAUGUUCCCGAUUAUUUUGGCCAUCUUAGUGUCGUGGCUUCUGUGCUUCAUCUUCACGGUGACUGAUGUCUUCCCACCGGACAGCAACCAGUAUGGCUACUAUGCACGCACUGACGCAAGGAAAGGAGUUCUGUCUGUGGCGCCGUGGUUCAAAGUUCCUUACCCCUGUCAAUGGGGUCUCCCAACCGUCUCAGCAGCAGGUGUGAUAGGGAUGCUGAGUGCAGUGGUUGCCAGUAUUAUCGAGUCCAUCGGUGAUUACUACGCCUGUGCCAGGCUGUCCUGUGCUCCUCCCCCACCGGUUCAUGCAAUCAACAGGGGCAUCAUGAUUGAAGGUUUAUCCUGUGUACUGGAUGGGCUGUUUGGCACUGGAAAUGGGUCCACGUCCUCCAGCCCCAACAUUGGAGUGCUGGGAAUCACAAAGGUGGGAAGCCGGAGGGUGAUACAGUACGGGGCCGUGAUGAUGCUUCUGCUGGGGACUGUCGGAAAGUUCAGCGCCCUCUUUGCCUCGCUCCCAGACCCAGUCCUCGGGGCACUCUUCUGCACUUUGUUUGGGAUGAUUACAGCUGUGGGACUGUCUAACCUUCAGUUUGUUGACCUCAACUCCUCUCGCAACCUCUUUGUCCUGGGAUUCUCCAUCUUUUUUGGUCUCAUGUUGCCUAGCUACUUGAAGCAGAAUCCCCUGGUAACAGGUAUCGCUGAAAUUGACCAAGUCCUGAACGUGUUGCUGACAACUGCCAUGUUUGUGGGCGGAUGUGUUGCAUUCAUCCUGGACAACACCAUCCCAGGAACCACUGAGGAGAGGGGUCUUCGCAAGUGGAAGAUUGGAGUGUCUGGGGCCAAGUGCUUGGACAGCAGAGACACCUACAACUUGCCUUUUGGCAUGAAGUAUCUCAAGCAAUACAGACUGUUCAGCUACCUGCCCAUCAGCCCAACCUUCACUGGGUACCUGUGGGACCGGUGCAGGGAAAAGGAGGGUUGUCGGAGGCGAGAUGAGGACCCAGAGUCAACCGUAUAGCACAUAGAAAGCCACACUGUCAUCUGUAGCUGUAGGAGCUCUUCCCGUCUGUUGUGUAUGUGUCCCCGACAAAGAGGUCUGGUGUGUGGUGUCACACUACCUCCCUUCCACUCCCUCCUCAACCAUCCACUGCAUACACUUAUACACACACACACACACACACAGACCACACACACAGACCACACACACAUACCUGAGAAACAAAAAAAAACCUUUUUGAGGUUUAGAUUGGGAUGGGAGCAGAGUUUUUACCUGUUUUCAGUUUGAUAUCUUCGUCAAGAGCCAUCACAAAUCUGCUCUUCAUCCGAGUCAUUUUUGUCUGUGCAACCAAAGCCAUUUUGGGGAGUGUGUUGGGAGCGAAAGCUUUGCAGUUUGAAAGCUGCUUGGACGCUGUGACCCGUUUUCCUUCUGUUGAGCAGAGGGUCGGGGCACUUAAUCAGGCGGGAUGUGUUGCAAGGCAUACAUGCUGAUUGGAUGUAGCAAAGUGACACAUUAAUAUGAGGAAACCUCAUGGAUAACUAUAGGCCAGUCAGCUCAACAAGUCUGUUCAGACAGCCUGGAACUUCACCUCACUAUUAACCCACCUCCCAAUCUGCAAAUAAAUGCUGGCACUGCUAGGAAAGUCAGGUGGUAUCUGUGGACCAACAGACAGAAUUAAUAUUUCAUGCCAGUGAUCUAUCUUCAAAUCAGGGGAAUGGUUAGAACUCAGUCACACUAACGUGAAGGGGCAGAGCUGGCGAGAACAAGGGGAAUGUCUGUGACAGGGUGGGGUUGCAGAGAAAGUGAACAGUAUCAAUAUUGGUGGUGCCAGUGGCGAUAUGUGAUGGGCCUUGUCUGAGGAAAUGAAACAAAGGGCGAAUACAGAAGGUGGUGGUUGAGGGCGUGGUUUUGUAGCUGUGAGUUAGAAAACACUGGAGGGGAACACUGCAAAUACUGGAAAUAUAAAACAGAAUCACAGAAGUGCUGGCUACUUCAAGUGAACUGGAAGGGCUGGUUAUCUGAAAUUGUUGCAUCCACUGUGAAGUCCAGAGAUCCACCGUACAUUGUCACGGGGUAGGGAAUCUGCGAUGAACAAACCCUCUAUGGUUGUCUGAUCAUCACUGAGCAAUGUGUUCAGCUUCUCACUAAUUGUACUGUCAUGGACGUUUUCUGUGCUCUGUCCACCCCUCGAAGUUCACUGUAUCUUGAAACAAGUUUAAUUUUGGAGGAAGAGUCAACCCUCGACGUUAAUUCUGUUUUUUUUUCACAGGUGCCAUCUUGUAUAUUGACCAUCUUCAGUAUUUCAUAUUGUUUCAGAUUUGCAGAAUCUGCUUUUAUUUGUUCAUUGUGAAACCCCUGAACAUUCAGCUUACUCAUUUGGAGAUAGAGCGUGGAGUAGACCCGGCUUUUUGAGCUGUAAUGCCCAACAACCUCCCCCCAACCCCGAAUUAACCCUAGCCUCACCACAGAACAGUUUACAAAUGGCCAAUUAACCUAGUAACUGCUACAUCUUUGUAUUGUGGGAGGAAACUGGAGCACCUGGAGAAACCCUACACAUUCCAUUGGGAGGAUGUACAGGUACCUUACAGAGGACUUUGGAAUUGAACUCUGAAUUCCAACACCCUGAACUUUAAUAGUGUUGCACUAACUGCUACACUAUCAUUGCAGUUUUAAGAUUUUAUCCACUCUCCACCUCCCCCUGCUACACUAUCAUGGCAGUUUUAAGAUUUUAUCCACUCUUCAUCUCCCCCUCGGAGAAAAAAGGUGUAUCUGGAUUUUUCUGUGGAUCUGUCUUUUAUUAAUUCUUGUGUUUGCCUUGAUCAGAAUUCGUUCACGUGAAUCUUGAUUGACCUCCUUAUUCCUUGUUCAGUCAUCACUACAGUCUGUUUUAAGCUUUGUCCCGUGGUUCCUCGGAGCUUGAAUGCUUUCCAUUGCUCUCGCUGCUUUCCUCUGCGCCCUCUCACCUGUGGUAUGAAAGAGUCCUGAGACGGUCAGAAGUGAGACGGUGGGCAUUCAGUCUGCUGUCAGUUUGCUUCUCCCUGUCUCUCACUCAUCACAACUUCAUGCUGAAAACGCUCAGCUGCCUGCACUCUAGACCACUCAGCCCUCUCUGUAGAGCGCUUAAUUUCCUUCUCGUGCUUCACAUUGUCAGCUUUCAAUUGAUAAUCAUUUGAAUCACAACGGAGUGGAGGGGUAGGGGAAGAAAGCAAAACAAUAGAGGUGUUUACGCCUACGUACGUUAUAUCACCCUCAUCUUAUUGGUAGGCACAUUAGGCUCCGGGCCUAGUGGCAUGCUCCUGCUGUUCUUGACUCACCCACCAGGUGCACAUGUAACACCUUUACUGCUUUUUCUAUGCCAUUCUAGCAUCCCUAGGAAGCUGGGUAAGAUUCCAGAAGGUGGGGAAUCACUGUGGCAAGGCUAUUGUACUGCUAAAUUUAUUCUCCUCUUGUGCUUUCUCAUCUCUUUAACCAGAAUGUUGCAUGUCACCAGUUAGUCAUCGGGCAGGGUCUCUUGGAUCAGCUGAUUUGCCGUAAACUCAAAACAACCCCCGAGUUCUGCCCUUUGGGACCUCCCUCCUUAAUGCCUUGUUGUCUGAGAGAUUUGGAGAGCAAGGCUGAUGCCUAUCUAUAUGGACAUGACAGAGUGAUGUUUGGAGAGAGCUGUUCUCCAUGUAAAGUUAAUCUUCAGAAAAUGACAUAAGUUGUGUCACACACACGUACACAAACACCUGCACAGACAUGUUGGAGCUUUAGCCCUGACUCAAACUGUGAUACAGUAGGACUGUGCACAACACACAAUUUGGAGAUUGUUGUGCAGAUCUAAAGACUCAUUGCAGCCCUAUGUGGGGGUGCUUUGGAGUGUCUUAACACUAGUGCUUAUUAUCCAUAUGUAGUUUUGAAAUACAUGCAUUCUUAGGCACCUGACGUAGAUUUUCAAUGCUAUGGAAUGCUUCCUUCAAGGAACGUUCCCAGUAUUAUUGAGCCUCAGAGGCAUUGUUGAUUAGGGGGUGCUGAUUACUCUGUCGGAUCACAGGGGAACAAAAGGCAUCUGAGGCCACCACUUUGUCCAGUGACCUGCCAUACCCUGAUUUGGAUAGAUUAGGAUUCAGCAUGGCGCGAUGCCUUCCGCUGUGGAAGGACUCCGGCAAGAGGAAUCUCACUUGAAGUCCCUGUGAGAAGCAAACCAGUGCCCACAGUUAUGAAAUGAAAAUAUUCACAAAGGUAAAGAUUUCAUCCCUGUGACACGUUUCUUACCUUUGGGAGUGUUUGGUCAGAGGCAUUGUUCCAUAUACUGUGGUGACUGUUGUAGCAUAGGAGCCCGGGGAGUGAUUAGUGAUUGAUCAACACAGAUAACACUUGCAGAAGAUUCACUACAAGGGGACCUCAGUGCCUCUGUGGGUCAGGGAUUGAAACGUUUCAGAGGAUAGGUGGGAUAGUUUGUGACCCAGUAACAAGCAGGUUGGACCAGUGUUCCCAGUGAUGGAUGUGGGGGAAAUUCCCGAAGGUUCAUUGCUGGGCCACUCAGUGUUUCAGGGAUGGGCUGACCCUGGAUGCUGGAACUCAAGUUUCAGGUUGCUUUACCAUCUAGACUCUAGCUUCGCACAGUUAGUCCAGGCUUUCGUUAAGUAUGUAAAUAAUAUGUCUAUAAAUAUAUAUAUAUAUAUAUCUGUGGGGUUUUUUUUAACUUUUCAGUUAAUGUUACCAUGCUGCUAGGGGAAAUGUGGGUUGGGGUUAUUCGGGUAUUUCAUGCUCUGAUAUUGGUUUGGUUUGUGUAAAUUGAGAGCAUUUCACUGGCAGCGUGUGUAUGCUAUAUUCCAGUCGAGUUUGUUCCUGCUGGCAAGCGUUGGUCAGGGGGCACCGUGGGACUUGCAACAUUGAAAUUACACGACAGGCCCCAUACGACUCACUACCAGAACUGUCGAUUGUUCUGCACUAUUCCCUGGCUGUACCUUUCCCAGCCUACCAUGGUCCUGUGUAGCCUCUGUAGCUGACAUCUUCGAGGGCAUAAAGGAGAAUAAAGUGUUUUCCUGGGGAGGUGGGUCCUCAUUGAGUGGCUGACAAUGUGCAUCAGUUUUGAGACACAAUGCUCUCAUGUGUUCUGUUCCACAGUGAAAAUGCAUUGGGGAGGAGCUAUCCCAGCAACUUGCUAUUGCAUUUUGACCCAAGGCUGAGCAAAGGCCUUUCCCAGCCUCACAAUUUCACACUUGGUUCAGUUCCACUCAACCCAGCUGAGGUCAGUAUUCGUGUGCCCAGCUAGCAGAAUCAAUUCUUAAGUUGUUUGGUGAUUUGUUUUAAUAUCUUUGUGGAGUUCGUUCCUUUGUGGCCAUUGCUGUGGUUUGCUCAGGCAAGGUCACAGUGCGUCCCUGGAGUGCCCACUUUGCGACUGGAUCGCGAGGUGGCGGUGGGGUGCCGGCACUGAGCUGAGGCCCAGCACUCAGCGUGGAAGCAGCCCCGCUGAGAGUCAGCAUUCGAUCAAUCAUGGGAAACAAAAAUGGGUGGGGGGGGGGGGGGAUUGAACAGACCCAGGUGCUCUUGGCCUGUUUGUGGACAGUAUUUUGUUUUAAUGCUCCACUCACCACUCAUCAUUCUGUCUAUUCCACGCUUCUCAAGCAUCGUUUGAGAGUAAAGAAAGAAAGACGGGCAUAAAAUGGUACCCUUCCCCUGUCUUGUUUGCUACCCACUGGCAGGAAAGCUCUCAGUUCCAGGCACACGCUUUUGCCAUGUUUAGUUUCAAUCCAGGUGGAUAUCGUUGCGCCUUGUGUUGUCUGAAAAGCUGCAAGGGUUGGUUAAAGAUUGCUCUGUGGCUGCCUGUCUGCUAACAAGAUAAUUUGUGCUUUUGUUUUGUAACCCUGUGCAAUAUCAGCACAUAGAGAUGCAGAUAAAUUUCAGGUGUAUUUUUCUAAUGUUGCAUCAUGGAUAUGUGUCAAAUCUAUUUAAAUACCUGUGAUCUCUUUGCAAGAAUUUCACAGGCUGUUGUAACAUCAUAACUGUUGAUCUCAUUCCAAGUUGGUUCAGUAAUUAAAAGAACUUAGCAAGGAAUCUA